AACACGAAUAAGGUUUUAAAAAAAAAAAGAAUUGUGACCUGCCCAUCAUGAGCAGCCUUCUAUCCUAGAGCAUUGUGGGGGAUUUAGAAACGCCCUUCAAUCUCAGCAAUGUACAGACUAGUAUUUCCGCAAUUUGUAUAACUGUUUUGGCUUCGUCUUCCUAUACAGUUAUCGGCAAUAUUUUUUGUAAGCAUUGAUAUUAUUGAUACAAUUUUCAUUACUUAAUAAUGAGCGAGAUGAAAGCAGCGGAUGUUUCUGUGAGUAACAAAGAUCCGAAGGAAGACGAACACGACUGGGCUGCGGCUAAGGCGUUCUUUGAUAAGUUGGGGUCUAAAAAGAGACCCAGACCUCCCAAACCCCAAAAUGCUGUCACGAUCGCCGUGUCUUCACGGACACUGUUCAAUAUGGUGAAAGAAAGACAAUUCUACGAAGAUGAAGGGGUGGAAAAAUAUGUAGCGUACCAACAGGAGCACGAAAAUGAGCCCCUGAUGCCUGGAGCGGCUUUCCCGUUUGUAAAGGCAAUAAUGACAGUUAAUGCCCGUCUACGGGAACUGUAUCCUGAUAGCGAGGAACUGUUUGAUAUUGUUCUGAUGACUAACAACCACGCCCAGGUUGGAGUGCGGCUCAUUAACAGCAUCAACCAUUAUGAUUUAACAAUUGAGAGAUUCUGUAUGACUGGUGGAAAAAGCCCCAUUGGUUACCUGAAGGCUUACCUUACCAACCUCUACCUUUCAAAGGAUUCUGAAAAAGUCCAUGAGGCGAUAGAAGAAGGUAUUGCAGCUGCCACCAUGUUCAACAUUGAAAAAGAAAUCCAGCUGUGUGACAAUCAGCUGAGGGUUGCUUUUGAUGGGGAUGCUGUUCUCUUCUCUGAUGAAUCAGAACAGAUUGUGAAGGAACAUGGAUUAGACUCAUUUUUUGAACAUGAGAAAACUUUUGAGAACAAACCUCUGGCACAGGGUCCCUUGAAAUGCUUUUUGGAGGCCCUGGGAAAACUCCAGCGAAAAUUCUACGCAAAAAAUGAGCGUAUGGACUGCCCAAUCAGGACCUACCUGGUGACUGCAAGGAGUGCUGCAAGUUCAGGGGCCAGAGCUCUGAAGACCCUGAGGAGUUGGGGCUUGGAGAUUGAUGAGGCACUUUUCCUGGCUGGGGCCCCCAAGGGGCCGCUUCUGGAAAAGAUCCGCCCUCAUAUCUUCUUUGAUGAUCAAAUGUUCCACAUUGAGGGUGCUCAACAGCUGGGUACCAUUGCUGCACAUGUGCCUUAUGGAAUUGGUCAGAAGUACAACAAGGGCAAGCUUAAAGAGGAGAAUCCUACGAAGAAGUAACAGAACAAGGGUGUGGGUUAAUGUUUUGGGGAUUGGUGGAAGCUGCAGUUAUAUUCUCUACUGGUUUUAAAUGGAAACAGCUGUCUUUCUGUGGGAAUUUCCUAUUCAUAUGCGGGUGCUGCUUUUAAAUUCCAUGUUAUCCCCCUGACGUUUUGGUUAACGUACUUACUUCAGAUUUAAGCAAGAUGAUUGUCAAGAUGAUUUAAAUGAUUUAGCUGCCUUAUCUAUCUGCAUUACAAAGCAAAAAUAUCCUUUGGAAAGCCUAUGACAGACUUGUCUUUUUAGAGUUAUUUGAACUGUCAUGAGGUUGUUUCAAAUGAAGUAAAAUAUUAGAUUUGCAGGUAGCCAACAAAAUACUAUUUAAGGGACCAUAUACGUUGUAGAAAUGUACCAAACCACAAUGCAAGCAACAGUUACAAAGGUGUCUCUGCAUAUUACAUUUGCAGAUCCUCUGUCUAUGAUGUCUAGCACACUAGGGGUAUGCUGCUCCUCUGGAGGUAUUCAUUGUAAUUUAAAUAUUGGGUGAAAUAACUUGUACAUGACAUACACAAAAGGAUGUGUUUAUUCUAAAGAUAGCAAAUGUUAAAAUCAGAGUAGAGUAGUUGGGCUGCAUUAUGUUUAAAGCACUGUGGAACUUGUCAAAGACAGCCUCAAUCUUGAAUUCCCUGUAUUCAUUUUAAGACUGUUGUGCCUACUUUGACUUUAUAGCACCAUACCUACAAUAAUAAGAGAAAAAGAUAUAAUCAUGCUGUUCACGUUUGCUUUAGUGCAAGUUGCACUGUACAGUGCUGCAACACCUUGCUUUUUAACAUAGUCAGCCAUCUGCUUGUAUUAAUAGCCAAAGAUAAAUCAAGAAUAGUUAAGGUGGGUGGAAUAGAUUCCAUGAAGUCUAUACUUGGAUAGCCUUCUCUCACUGUCUAUUGAUUACCUUUUUGACAUAUAUGUGUGGGCAACAUGUUCACUGAGUUUAAGAAUGUUAAAAUAUAAGUAACGUAAUUAAUUUACAGUCAGUGUGAUACCUCAAAGAAAAUGCACAUGAAAAUGCCGACAAAAACUUGUAGAACACAUGCAUGGUUGUACAGUAGUUCAGAGUAACAUCACAGUUAAAAUGGAAGACUUUUUUAAUGCCUACCCCAUUAACAUUAAAGAUUGUACAGUAUUUAUCGAGAUUACUCAUGACUUCAAGGUAAUGUUGCAUUUUACCCCUGAAAAUACAUUUUACUCUCUUGUAUUAAAAUUAGAGAGUAAGUUACUCCCAGACCCAAAACAUUAUCUGAUAAUGUUAGACCACCCAGCCAUGGUAAAUUACUUACUGGUGUGUGUCCUUAAUUUUUGUCUUUAGUUGUUCAGUAGUUCAGCUAGUCUGCUGUACAUGAAACAAAGGAAAAUACUUCAAUUCAUUUCGGUUUUUAAAGUUGUUUUCUAUUGUCUAAAACUAUUAUUAUUAUUAUUUAUUUCUUAGCAGACGCACUUAUCCAGGGCAACUUACAGUUGUUACAAGAUAUCACAUUAUUUUUACAUACAAUUACCCAUUUAUAUAGUUGGGUUUUUACGGGAGCAAUCAAGGGUACAGCAGCAACAUUGAAAUUUGUUCAUUUCUUACUACACUACAUAACUGUUCUUUGCGGCCCAAUUUAGUAAACUGAGUGACUCUUACCUUAUAAUGUUGAAAAACAGUGAUUUAGUUGGAAGUUUGAAUUGUCAGCAGAAUGAUACAAAUAGAUUACAGUGCAUAGUGGUAUGUUGUACUGUAUCCUUUUUUAUACCAUGAAAAUACAUGCAAAACGGACACAGUAUGUCUACAGUUUCUUGUUGGCAAAUGCAAAUUGUACAGUUAUGAAUGUAUGUUUUAACAAACUGGGGACAGACGAAAAUACAAAACAUAAUGGGCGACACAUUUUAUAUAUAUAUAUAUAUAUAUAUAUAUAUAUAUAUAUAUAUAUAUAUAUAUAUAUAUAUAUAUAUAUAUAUAUAUAAAAGCUUUUAACAGUGCAUUUGAAGAUAUGUAUGGAAAUGCAUGUAACUCAGGACGAAAUGGUUAUUGUAGCCUUUGCCAACGAAGGUACAACAAAAUAAGUUAUUUAAACCUGGUUCAUUGCUUCCAAAUCCUGCACAAAAGCACCUUCUCUGGCCACAACAUCGCAUUUCAUUUUGAAUUGAAUCUGCUUUUGACCAACUCUGAGGACAUCUGUUUUUUAGUCCCAUGUGAAUCAUGCUAAAGACGUUAUUUAAACAAAACAUGCACUUAGGUUUCUUAUAAAAUUUUUUUAAAAGUUUUUCAUCAGUGCUUUUUUUAUUUUAUUUUUUUAGUAUUCACUUUAUUUUUCCAAGUUUUGUAGUUGCUUGGUGAAGAAUGUAAUGUGCACAUUCUGAAUGUUAGUAUGUGUGCUGGAUUAACUUUAACUUUGAAUCUUGCUGUCAGUUUUAUUUUUUCCUAAUAUUUGUACUGCAAUAAAGCUGGUUUGAAGUGCAA